AUGAUUAUGUCUGUUAAUGUGUUAGGAUUGUCUAAAGAGAUAUCAAACUAUUUAGAAAAGUUAUCAUCUGGUCAGAGUAAUGAUGCUACUGCUGCUGCUGUAACAACACACCUACAAAAUAACUUUUAUCUUGUAACAAGUCAGAGCCCAUCAGCUGCUUGGUCAACCCAAAUACCAAUCACUAUUGGCAACAUUUUGUUUGGUGAAGCAUCACCUCUUAAAACAAAUUAUUUCUAUGAUUUGGUUGGUGCAAAUGAUAACAAAAUAUUAAAAAAUUGUUUAGAGUUGAUUCAAUAUUUUACAAGUACUUUUAAUCAAAAAGGUGAAGUUAUUAAAAGAUUACAUGUCCAAGUUGAUGUAGUUAAAAAGAAUAGUGUCUUGAUUGAAGCAGCCAUCUCUUUACUUGGUUUUGAUGAGAGUUCAUUUACUUAUCAAAAUAACAACUAUGAAGAUGUAUAUCAACCACUUUUAUUUCAAAUUGAAAAGACUCAUCCAAUCUUGAAGAACCCAAAAGAAAGAUAUCAGAAAUUAAUGAAAGAGUUGAUUAGUAAUAACAUUAAUACUAUUAUUACUCAAAGUUUAAAGGGAAUAUUGUUAUUGUCUAAAUUAAAUGCCGUUGAAUCUGGAAGAUCCUAUCAAAUCGAAAACCAACAUGUACUUGAAGAAUUUGAAGAUUUGAUGGGUUUAAACAAAGGUAGAAUGGCAAAAUUGUUGGAAACCUACAAAUCAAAGAGACAAUUUGAUUAUGAAAUUCCAAGAUUAUUAGCUGAAAUUUAUCAUUCAACAUUAAACUUUUUGGUUAAAAGUUUAAAUACUAUUCUAGAGAAAAAAUGUAUUGAUUACAAUCCAUUUGUGGUCAAAGAUCCAGAGUCUGUCUUGAAGAGUAGUGUCAUGGGAAAGAUGUUUAUCCACGAGGUGGUCAUGUCAUCACUCAUCACCAAGUUGGGUCUCACCAACAACGACAUUACCGAGGUGAAUGCAUCCAAUUUACUUCUCUUUCAAAAACUACUAGAGUGUGAACAAAACCCAGUAUCUCUUUCAUCGUUUUGUUCCACCAAUUCUACAAUGUCAACUACAUUGUUGACAGACAUGUUUUCACUCACCGUUAAACAUUCCUAUGGUGUUCAUAAUGUUGUUCAUUAUGACUUUUUUGACUCUUUAGUGUAUGAAAGUAAUUGUGACUAUAAGUCUAUUAUGCAUCAUUUGCAAGUACCUAUUCUCACUCAAUACUAUACCGACAAGUGGACUUGUCUUGGUAAUGAUUUCAAAAGUAUCAAGGAAUCGAUAGACACUGCCAACAAUGUGUGUGUCUUGGUGGUUCAAUUGGCUAAAAACUCUGACAUUCAAGUUGAAAAGGAGUAUCUCUAUAAUCAACUAUGCUCAAUAGGUGUAUCAGAAUGUUUGGAAAAGUUAUCACAAGGAGGAGGAACAACAAAUAAUAGAGGUAGAGAUGAUACUUUUACUCCACCAACAACAACAACAAUAAUUACAAAACCAUUACCACCAAUACCAACUCCAAAGGAAAUCAUUCAAAAAGAAGAGGUAUCUGAGGAUAUUAUCAAUGAAGAUUCACCGCCUGACUAUUAUACUGCGACCAAAGAUGAUAUUGUAGAAGAACAAGGUCACCAUUCCAUUGAAAUGACUCAAUUUGGUACUGUUAGAUCUUCCAAAGCAAUCAGUCCUCCUCAGGUAAAGGUAUUCAUCUAUGAACAAUUCCGUCACAAUAUCUAUACCAAGGAUAAUCAACUGCUUCAAGCUUUUACAAGUACUAUUUAUCGUCAUGAUCAUGAUCCUUAUAAUCCUCUUGAUAAUGGAAUAGUAUUUGGUUUUAACGAACAGAUAAGAUUAUUAUUUGAUAGUGAUCAAUAUGAAUAUGAUUAUGAUUUAUUAGAGAUAUUGUAUGGAUAUCAAAUUGCACUGUCGACUGAUCAAGCCUUGUUCCAAUUUGAUGACAAUCGAUACACUCGAAUCAAAGUAUUACUCCAAUCGAGAAUAUUCAAUGUUCUUGUCUCCUUUUUGCAGCAAUAUGCAAAGUUAAAGGAUGUCGAUGAAUAUGGAGCUGGAUACAACCAAGUCAUUGGAUCAAUGGCCAACAUUGUAUUCCUUUCCAUUGAAAACAUGUCCAUCUAUGCCAAUUCACGUGGCAAAAAGUUAAAGGAUGACCUAGUGUUGUUUAUCAACUCUUUGUAUCCACUGUUAUCGCAUCCAGUGUGCUCUGCAAAGUGUUUGGCUUCAUUUGCAUCGUCGAUCAUCCAUUUGACCAGUCCUGGUGUCAAGCAAAAGAUUGUCAAUGAACUCAUCAACAAGAAACUCGUCACUGUGUUGGUCGACAGUAUUGACCCUCUCAAUGAACAAAAGAGUCGUCAAAUCAUCCUCAUCCUCUUUAUCAUUUGUAGAUUGCCCAAUCGAUUCAAACAUGUUGCUCAACACUUGUACCAAAAAAAUAGAGGUCAUCUUGUCAUCCCAUUCCGUAGACUCUUGCAAUCCAAAAAAUUGGAUAACCUAUCCGAACUAUUAGAUGCCAACCAAGUAUGGGAUGUCACCAAAUUCAACAAUAAUCAUAGUGGUGGAAUGGAAGAUACCACUACAACCAACAGUUUGUCAGAUGACCAAUAUGGUGAUGAUGAUUACAUUGAUGAAGAUGAAGAUAUGGAUAGUGAAGAGGAAGAAUACGAGUACAACUAUAACAAUCAAGACGACGGCGAUGAUGGAUACAUUGUUGGUGAAAGUGAGGGAGGAUAUCUAGAGUUUGACGACGAUGAUGAUGAUGAUGACAGUGAAGAAGAAUAUGUACUCGAGUAUGAUGAUGAUGAAGAUGAAGAUGAAGAAGAAGAAGAAUUCGAUGAUACCCCAGAUCAAAGAUGUUUUUCAUUCUCUUCCUAA